GGCCUGGGCGCCGCGCGCGCGCGGGAGGGCGCGGGGCAGGGCCGGACCGCGCCGCACCGGACCGCACCGGACAAGACCGGACUGAGCCGGAUCGGGCCGGGCGGCGGCGGCGACAUGAAGCUCGUCAUCCUGGAGACGUACGCGCAGGCCAGCGAGUGGGCCGCCAAGUACAUCCGCAACCGCAUCGUGCACUUCAGCCCCGGCCCCGGGAGGUACUUCACGCUGGGGCUCCCCACAGGGAGCACCCCGCUGGGCUGCUACAAGAAGCUGAUCGAGUACUACCGAAACGGGGACCUCUCCUUUAAAUACGUGAAGACUUUCAACAUGGACGAAUAUGUAGGUCUCCCAAGGGAUCACCCAGAAAGUUAUCAUUCCUUCAUGUGGAAUAACUUCUUCAAACAUAUUGACAUCUCAGCAGAAAACACUCAUAUUUUGGAUGGAAAUGCAGCUGACUUACAGGCUGAAUGUGAUGCAUUUGAGGAUAAAAUCAAAGCAGCUGGCGGAAUUGAACUCUUUGUUGGAGGUAUUGGCCCAGAUGGUCACAUCGCCUUCAAUGAGCCUGGAUCAAGUUUGGUAUCGAGAACAAGAGUGAAGACCUUGGCUAUGGACACAAUAUUGGCUAAUGCCAGAUUCUUUGAUGGCGACCUCUCCAAAGUCCCCACGAUGGCUUUGACAGUCGGCGUAGGCACUGUCAUGGACGCAAGAGAGGUGAUGAUUCUUAUCACAGGAGCGCAUAAGGCUUUUGCCUUGUACAAAGCCAUUGAGGAAGGUGUCAACCACAUGUGGACAGUAUCUGCUUUCCAGCAACAUCCCAACACUGUGUUUGUGUGUGAUGAAGACGCCACUCUGGAACUCAAAGUUAAGACAGUGAAAUACUUUAAAGGUUUAAUGAUGGUUCACAAUAAGCUUGUGGAACCCUUGUACAGCAUGAAGGAAACAGGAGCAGAAAGAAGUCAAUCUAAGAAGCCAUACAGCGAUUAAUCUCUUGCUGUUCAGAGUAAUGCUAAGCCAACUCUUCUGUUGAAAACCAGCUGUGAAGAAAGGGAAUUGCUGCAUAAACUCAUCUUAUAUCUGUUCUUAAAUUAGGAAAAUGAUGAUGUGCUUGCUUUUCUCCAUUAAAAACAGAGAUGCCAAACACCUGCCUUAAUUAACCAAAUGAGGAUGGGAUCCAACAUACUGUGUUGCACAAACCUUCAAUGCUAACUUAUUCUUUAAAGGUAAAGUCAGUGGAGAAUGAGUUGUUUAAUCUGUAAAGCAGCUGUAAUCAUGUGGACAGAAAGCUCCAGAACUUAAAUGUAGAGAUGGUGUUGCAGAAAUCAAACGGGUAAUCAUUUAGGAACGUAUUCCUUGCACUUUGAAAAGUUCAUUGUGUCAUUCCCCCCUCCCCAGAACACUCCUACUUCAUACUCAUUUAACAUGAGAACUGGGCUUGUUCAGCCUGGAGAAGGAAAGGCUUUGUGGGGGCCUAGUAGCAGCCUGCUUCAUAGCUAUGAGGAGGCCAGCAAGAAGAUAGAGCCAGCACAGUGGGAAAAGGAGGGACAUCAUGGCAUGAGUUGAAUCAAGACACGGAAAACAUUUUUCCCCAUGAGCACAAUCAGGCAGUGAGACAGGCUGUCCAUCCUUGGAGACUUUCAAGAUGGGACCAGAUAAAACCUGAUCUGACUUCAUUGAUGAACCCUGCUCAAGCAGGGUGUUGCACUGGAGAUCUCCUGAGGUCUCUUCUAACAUGAAUAUUACUAGUAAAAAAUGUUCUGGCCUGCCCUUUACCCAGCUCUUGCACAGACAUCCCAGAAGCCAGUUUGUGCUCUCUUCUAGCUGGUAGUGCAGGUCUGUGAUGCGGGAGCCCCCAGAAGGUGCACAGAUUCUGCAACUGCAGUCCCAUCCUCUCCUCUCUGCUCAUCUUAGCAAAAAGGGAGUCUUCAGACAGCAGUUUAUCGCUGUGCUCCUGUGUUAAUAAUGCAGUACCUGUUAAGGGUUAGUUUAUGCAUCUAUGUAAUUUCAGUUAUUUGUGGACACAGCCCAAACAAAACCUCAUCUGUUCAGUUUCAGCACAUAAAUUUUUAUGAUCUGGUGCUUAAACGGUUCUGUGGGAGGGCAAAUUUAUUCAUACUAAGCAUAGAUGACUUCCACAUCUGCUGUUCAGCAUGCUGUCAUUUGUGUCACUGCAGAGCCUGACGUUCUCUCUCCCCUUCCGUUGCUUUUUACAUUGCUACAAUUGCUAAAUAAGCCUCAAAGGCGACAUUUUGCUGCCUCUGAGCUCGGCCUGCGUUUACCUAAGCCCCAUACAGUGAGCAAAAGUCUGUACUGGCAAGACACCAUCAGUUCUGAAACCUAAUUCCUAGCUGUGCUGCAGCAAGGGCUCUCAUCAAACGCUAUAAAGGCAAGUAAGAGAGGAAACAAACUGGGGGGGGGGGGAAUAUAAUUUGUUUAUGCUGAAAUUCUAUGAACUGUAGGUUUGUAACGUAGCUUUUACAAUAAAUGCCGUAAUUUUUUUCUAAGUAA